AUGGAGGCAGACAGAGUUGAGCGGGGUGCCCCCACAGAGGAGGAAUGGCUGGAGAUGAUGAUGGAGAGGAGCUUCACUGACUUGGAGGAGAAGCCUGAGGACAGUUCCAGGUCUCUGAAGAAAAUAAUCCCCAGGACUAAACUGUGCAGAGGCUUGUAUAACAGAUACUGUGUGCUGGAUGUAAAGGAGGUGCAUGGACUCAGAGAGGAGAAACAUCUCAUUAUUACAGCAAGCCAGGAAACGGAGGAUACAGAGCUCUGCAUUCUCAAGGAUGACUGGGCUGAACUUCUUGUAAAGCCUGGUGACAUAAUUCAUCUAGAAGGUGACUCUAUACAGGAUACAUGGACUGUGGGCAGGGACUCUAACUUUCUUAUUUUAAACCCUGAUCUGCUCAUAUCAGGUACC